AUCGAUCAUCCAUGACGCCCACUCACGACCGCCGCACCACCACCGUCACCAAUGGCCACCACAACCCACAACCCUCAUUGACCACCCACAACCAGCCCGGCAUGCCCCAACACCACAAGAACAACGCGGCAACGCCACGUCACCAGCUCUGGCAAGAAAACGAGCGCCUGCAACAUCGACGCGACAACGAGGACAGUGACAACGUUGUGUGCCAACCCAGGUGCCACGUCGCUAGAAGCGACGUGGCAACCAAACGACGAAUGACAACCAAUUCGCUGUUCGUCGUCCGGACUGACACAACACAACGACGGUGCAACGCCAACACAGGACAGCGACGACUCAACAACAAUACGGAACUACCAUGCGACUACGACACGGGACACGGAUGUGCCACGUCAUCCCAGAUGGCGACAACGCAUGCCGUCAUCACCGUCCACAGUAGACAGGUGAGCACAUCACAUUCGGCCAUCAUAACCACCGCCAUGUCACCACCUCGCCCUCUGCUACAUUGAGCAAUGUGACCCGACGACGAUGACGACAACACACGACAAUGGCUACAUGAUGAUGGAGAUGGAUGGACGACGACGAUACAGGUGGCGGCAAUAACGGACGACCACAACCACAGUGCACAACACGACGAAAAUGACCAUGACGAUGGACGACGCAAAGACGAUGAUGACGGAUGGACAACAACAUCAACGACGCUUGAGCGCUCCCUCCCGAACCUGAAUGAGGAUACCCUGGUGUCCCUUCAUUCAUGUGUAAUGUUAUCCAUUAUUUUCACCUUUCAUACUUUCUUGGAUAUUGGCUUUAAAGCCUCUUUAUUAGUGUGGUGUUAUUGUAGACCCCCUUGUAUUAGAUAGUCGAAAUGCCAU